AUGGCAAAAGACUUGUUGGCUCCGGUGCAUUUCAUAUCUCACGGUACCGCGUCUCUCAUCCAUGAACCCUCACGGGUUAAGGAUUACUGGAAGAAGCUGGGUCAAGACGCACUCGAUCAUGGCGUCAAGGGCGUCAUUAUCAUGGGCGCUCACUGGAAUGUCACUGAACCGAACCGAGUCCGCGUCGGCACCAACCCGAACCCUAACUUCAUGCCACUUGUAGCCGCUGAUUCUGCUCUAUGGAAGGACCUGAAGACGAACACCGACAUCGAAACUAGUCGGCGAGUCAUUCGUCUGCUUCAAGAUGCUAACAUCGACGCGGUGGAGGAUCCUAAGUUUGAUUGGAUGAUUGACACGGAGAUUCCGCUCGUUGGCAUGUUCGGCACACGCCCUCCACCAGUUGUCAUAAUCUCUCAGAAUUCCUACUGGGAUCCGUGGUUCCAUAUCGAUGUUGGCGCAGCCGUUCGACCACUGCGGAAAGAAGGCUACCUAUUGAUUGGCUCCGGUGGCGGAACACACAAUCUGUAUCGCACCGAGUGGAAGUACACAAUUGGGUGGAAAGAUCCUUUCGCUAUGGAGCAGCCCCCUCGGCAAGGGGCUCUGGAGUUUCGACAGGCUCUCGAAGACGGGUUCUGCAAGAACAAAGGAGGUCCGCCAUUGAGGCGCGCGAUGUCCAGGUUAAUGAAGCAUCCAUAUUUCCGUGAGGCGCAUGGUACGGAUGAGCAUUACGUAUCGGCUUGUUUUGUGGCAGGAGCUUGCGGCGAGAAAGAGGAUGAGGAUGAACCAUGCAUCCUGGGAGCUGAAGUUUGGGAACUGCGAAGUCAGAGCGAAUCGCAAUAUACUCUGGGACGAUGGCCCACAGAAUGGCGGAAGCGGUAGCAGCUCGACUACAUAUGAGGAUCUAUCAACUGGGCAAGGCUUGUCAUCAAUCCGUUCUGGGUAGUAGCAGGAGCAGCCCAAGCUUAGAGUUGGGACGCUGUUGUCCGGAGCUCCGUGCCAUGUAUGAUUGAUAUGCCUCGUACUGCACCAAGAAUGUCGUUUGACUGUGUUUCGAGUCCAAAUUUAGGC